AUGAGUCAACUACCGGAGACGGGCGGCCCACACCCCUCUCCUCAACAGGUCAUCGCGAUAAAAGGCUUGUCCGCCAUCCUGAUGUCGAUGUGCUUCGUUCUGCGGUACUCCAUCCACCGAAAGCUGCCGCAAAACUUCAAUACGCGGCUAUGCAAUCUCCUCAUCGCGGGCGCGAUUGUACUCGACAUGGGGAGUUCCGUCUCUUCUAUAUGGGUCAUGACGGAGGAAAUAAAAGAGCCAUAUCGAUUCCAGGUGUGGGGUUUGACCGAGAAAGUCCGCAAGGCCCUCUAUGCUACCCACACCCUCUAUUUCCUCUCUCUUGCGUUCAUCAAGGGUGCUUACUUGGUCUACUUUGCCGAACUCGCCAGAGGCGCCGUUCACAGUCGCAAACGGUAUCUUUCACACAUCGCAGCUGCAAUCUACAUCUCCACCACGUUUGUCGGUCUAUUCAUGCUGUUGCUGUGGUGCCGACCAUUCUACCACAACUAUCGCGGCAUAACCUUCAAAAACUACCUGCAAUGUCCAAGCCAAUACAACCGAACCGUCUUCAUCACGACGAGCGUUCUCAACAUCAUCUCUGACCUGGCGAUCCUAGCGGUGCCAUUCACUUUGAUCACGACACUAUUCCGCUUCGAAAGCUCGCGCUGCUUCAAGCGCGCGGCGCUGCUGUUCGUCUUUGCCGUCGGCGUCCUCAGCAUCGUGGCUACCGCCGUCCGCAUGGCAGUCAUCCUCGGAAACUUGGACAGCUUCGGACUGCUCCCCUGGGGGCUGAUGCGCACUGCUAUGGUGCUGUCACAUGUCGAGGUGUUUGCCGCUAUCCUUGCGAUCACACUGCCCAGCGUCGGAAAGGUCGUAGCAGUGGCGGUCGGCGCGCGGUGCGAUCCAUGGAUCGCCGCCGCGAAGACCGGUGCACCUCUCGGAGGUGGAGCUAGUUAGUCGGAUACAUAAGGAUGGGGAUGUGCUGGUGAGGCGGACGGAGGUGACGAGCUUGGGAGGUGGGAAUAGCAGAUAGGUAUGAUAGCACAUAUAGGAGUCGAGACCGUACACGUCGUAUGUACGAUUGAUUGGGUACUUUACGGUAAUGGGGUUUUGGCGUUAAAGGAUCUUUUCCCAGCGGGGUAAUGACUGGAUGGAC